GCUAUUCUGACUGAGCUCCAGUUUAUCCGGCACUUGUCUCCCUUCAUCCCGUGCUGAGCACCGAGACAUGUUUGACUCUGAAUGUGAGAUCUGGGAAGAGGGAGAAUAUGGAGAAGUCAAGUAGUGAGGAGUUUUCAAUCCACCGGAGCCCCUCUGUGGAGAGCAGAGACUCGGAGGUUGGAAAAGCCUCUACGCCUGGACAGCAAUUUAGUCGUGGAUUUACGGCUGGGGCUUUUUAUGGCAACUCCGGCAGCCGCAACAGGGAGCCGGCAGGACCCGGUCUCAAGAGGGACAAAUACACAGCCCCUAAAGGCAGCAAGUAUGUGGUGUUUUACCUCGACCUGUCCUUUGUUUUUCUCCUAGAAUUCCAAAAGUGCAACAUGGCGAGAGGCUGUUUGUGUUGUCUGAAGUACUUGAUGUUUCUUUUCAACCUGAUCUUUUGGCUCUGUGGCUGUGGACUCCUGGGAGUGGGAAUAUGGCUGUCAGCAACACAAGGCAGCUUCGCCACCUUAGCACCCAGUCUGCCUUCGCUCUCAGCUGCCAACCUGCUCAUUGCCAUUGGGACCAUUGUGAUGGUGGUCGGAUUUCUGGGUUGUCUCGGUGCCAUCAAGGAAAGCAAGUGCCUCCUUUUAAGUUUUUUCAUUGUCCUGCUGAUCAUUUUCUUUAUGGAGCUAAUCCUUGUCAUCCUGUUCUUCGUGUAUAGAACAGAGGUAGCUGAGUAUGCACGUGGGGAUCUGAAGUUGGGCCUCACACUAUAUGGAUCAGAGGGGAAUAUCGGACUAACUAACGCAUGGAAUAUCAUUCAGACAGAGUAUGAGUGCUGUGGUGUUGACAACACGACUGAUUGGGAUAGCAUACUGGGUGGUAACAAAGUCCCUGAUUCCUGCUGUCAGGAAUACAGCAAAGGGUGUGGAGAGAACAAUCCCAGCAAGUGGUUUGUGCAGGGUUGCUACGAUACUAUUGAGUCAUUGCUUGAGAAGCAAACAGCUGUGAUUGGCUCGAUAGUGAUGUCCAUUGUGGUGAUUCAGAUCCUUGGAAUGGCUUUCUCAAUGACUUUGUUCCAUCAGAUCUCCAGAACUGGUAAAAAAUACAAAGCCUAAUCUUGGUUGGACGACAGUUCGAUGCCCUCACAAAAUCACGAAGCAUUCUUCAGAAGCUCGGAGUUUUGUCUGCCAGGCACGGUUCUAGUCAUCCCCUGCACUGGGAAACCUGCUCCAAUGGCUCCUUAAUCUUUUGCCAAAGAAUUACAAAGCGCUAAACACCGUCAGCUUCUCUCUGGCAACUUCUGUUCACCCUUCUCCCCACUUCGCCCCCUCACUAUCCUUCUCCAAAAGAUGUAGUGCUGAUUCAGAACCUCCACUCUUCAUCAAAAAAGACCCUAACAGCCGCAUACAAAAACUCCACGUUCAACAGGCCACAGCCUUGUUGGUACAGGAAUCUCACUUUGAGAUGGAUUCCAAAGUUAUUUCCAUGUGUCGGAGCUCGGACAGCUGUUUUUGUUGCCCCGAUCUCUGGCUUGAUACCAGGAAAGUAGAUUUUUAACCGUUUUAUUCUUUGCGUGAGAAGGUGUUACUGAUGUCUGUCUUGAGUUGCAUUAAGAGGUCAUUUGCCUAAACCGGUCUGCGAGGGAGGGGGAAGUUUCUCAGGACUUUGCCUGUCUGUCUGAACUGUAUGCUCAGCAAACCGUGUUCCCCAGUAAGAGCAGCAGUCGGAGAGAAACAUCACAUUUCAAUCCUUCAUGCAGGUACUUUUUUUUUAAAAACGGGAGUUCUGUCAAGUUAGGGUUAACUGUCUGUUCUUGUCAGGUGCUGCUACCAUCUGAGGGACUAACUUUUCUCAGCAGCCUCUCCGAGGUAUAACAGAAAACAAUUACCUCGACCCUGUGUUGCUGCAACUCACUCUGAACUGCUCAACACAAGCUUUAGUGAGGAAGCUGCUGUGAGGGCAUUGCUGCUUCAUUUGAAGAGCCAGAGUUGAGGUCUGACCAUCAGCAUGUAUUCACUUACUCUUUGCAAAUACAAAUGGAACUUUUUUUUUAAUGUAGUUUAGGAAUUGUAUCUUUUAAGUAAAUAAUGGAGCAUUUUUUGUACUGUUUGUACUGUUUUAUAUGGGCUCUUUCUGCUUUAACGUCACUGCACAAACCUUGUGUGAUCUUUAAAAGCCAAAAACGCUCAGUGAUGAUAUCUCAUUUGUUGUGAGGACAUUUGAAUAGGGUGAAAGAUCGAGAUCUGAGUCAGAAGAAGGGCAGAAAUUCAGCAGAUGCUGGGGAUAGCCAAGCCUGCCCAGCAACAGGAAACAGAGUUAACGUUUUUGAGUCGGUGACCUUUCAUUAGAACAGGGAAAAGUUUGGAAAGAAACAGGUUUUAGCUGGGCAGCACGGUGGCUCAGUGGUUAGCACUGCAGCCUCACAGCACCAGGGACCGGGGUUCAAUUCCACCCUCGGGUGACUGUCUGUGUGGAGUUUGCACAUUCUUCCUGUGUCUGCGUGGGUUUUCUCCAGGUGCUCCGAUUGCCCCCACAGUCCAAAGAUGUGUAGGUUAGGUGAAUUGGCCAUGCUAAAUUACCCAUAGUGUCCAAGGGAUGCCUAGAUUAGGGGGAUUAAAGGGGGAUGGGUCUGGGUGGGAUGCUCUGAGGGUUGGUGUGGACUUGUUGGGCUGAAGGGCCUGUUUCCACACUGUAGGGAUUCUAUGAUUUCUAUGAAAAAAAAAGGAUAGAUUUGGGAUGGGCUGGAAGACGGCAGCAAUUAAAUGACAAGAGGUUUCCAAGCCAGAAGGAAUGGUGAUGUGGAAAGUAAUGGAGUAGUUCUGUUUCUUGUCACAUUACGAUUCCCUUUGGAAUCCCACCCCCUUUAUCAUUCAGUGUCUUCAGUCUUGUACCCGUAUCAAACCUCCCCUUCUGUUUAUUUUCCGCUCCCAUUCCCCUAAAUUCACACCAACCUUUUCACUUGAAAACUAUUGCUUGAAGUCUAUUAUUUAUAACUUUUCCCUGUUUUGAUGAAAGAUCAGCUUGUUUAUUGGUCUUGUUUGGAAAGUUGAAGAAGAUUGAGAGUAAAGAGAAUGGCUGGAUUUCUAUGGAGCUACCAUAUUGUAAGCAACCUGUCAGUGGUUUAGCUCUCGCUUGUCUAACUAUAGGGUGACUGUAGAAGAAUAAUACAGACCCAGUCCAACAGCUAGUCAGUCAGCUUGUAACUCUUCACAAUGGCAGCAGUUUUAAUGUCCAUCUGUAGUUUCCAAGUUGUGAAUGAUGGCGACAUUGCAUGACAUUGCCUUGCAUGUAGUUCCAGUGUUACUAAGCUCUUGCCUUGUGGGACUGUGCUGGUACUGUUGUGGAAAUGCACAGUGAGAAAUUGAGUUGCUGUUGAUUGCAUGUGUGUGUGUGUGGGGAUCCCAAAUUAUUGGUGGAUCUUUGUGGAGCUUGAGGGCUGAAAAGCAUUUUCCAGAACGCAGUAAGACAGGUGUGUUCUUACUAAAACUUUGAAUUUGGCUGGGGAACAAUAACCUCAGGAGAUAAAGGAUUUAUGUUUGGAUUUUGAAGUUGUGAUUGAUAAAGCGACGCACUGCCAUCCAUCUCGCUGGAGCUUAUGGUUGCAGUCAGGGCUGGAGUUGUUGUCACCACACGGGAAAUCCCUAAGGACGUAGCUCAGUACAUUUCAGACUUCAACUCUAUCUGUCUUUAUUAAAUAGAAGCACAGGCCCAGAGUGGAACGCAAGUGGCAAGGUCUUUCCCUCAGAAAGUAUUUAAUCAGAAGCGAAUGAAAACCAACCAUCCGUUAGCGAAAUGUAGAGAUUGCAGGUUUGAAGUGGCAGUAGUGUUUUUGCCAUACACAUGCCAGAACCAGAACAGUUCCUGUUAAAAGAGAUUCUUCAAAGGAAAGAGCAUGUGGGAAUUUUAAUUAAAAUGUUUGUUUAUGGAUAUUUUAUACAGUGGGUUAUUUAUUUCUCUGUCAUCCUCUCCUCUCUUACUCCCUCCCUCAACUCCCACGUUUCCUUUACCAUUUCUGUCCUGAAUUCUUUAGCAUGUUCAGUUACAGGUCAGCAGGAGUUAGUGUAACACUGCGUUAAUUACAGGUCAGUAAAAAUGCUACACUGUGUCAGUUGCAGGUCAGUAAAAGUGUUUCACUACAUUAGUUUUACAGGUCAGUGACAGUGCUACACUGUUAAUUACAGGUCAGAAACAGUUAGAGUUUCACUACAUUAGUUAUAGGUCAGUAGCAGUUAAUGUUACACAGUGUUAGUUACAAGUUAGUAUGAGUUAGUGUUACACUGUCUGUAGCAGUCAGUAGUGUUUUACUGCAUUUGUCACACGUAAGAAGCAGUCGGGAAUACUUUUUACAUGUUGCUUCUAUCACCUUUAGCUUCUGAGUCAGAUCUUUGCUUUCACAUCUUCAAUGUGAAAUGUAGAAAGAGUGCAGAAGUGUUUAAUUGUAUGAGGUCACCUGAUUGUCUUUGGGCUCAUAUAUAAUACUUCCUUGAAGUAGAAAGGGAGGGAUGGAGGUCGGUGUUUGCUGGUAAAAGGGACCAUAAAUUUUCUCAGUGACUUGAGUUCAAAAUAAUGCAGAGGUUAAGGGAUGUUGAUCAGGGUAGGGGAAUGGACUCUAACACUGACCCUGUUUGCUGCUACAUGUGUUAAGUCAAAAUGUUUUAACACGUAGAGGAUAGUGAGGGUGUAAAAAUAUGAUCACAGACACUGAACCUAAUAAACUGCCUAUUCUUCUCCCCUGUGAUAAUUUUAGCAGACUCGGUAAGACAGAGCUUAAUGUACUGGAGACAUCACUGGUCAGUUCAUGAGCUUUAAAGAUCACACUUUUUUUUUCCUGCUUUCUUUUCCUUUAUAAAAUUAUCUGAUUUUUAAUCAGUUUUCACCUUGUGCUUUGCAACGGUUUCUUUCCCCUUUCUGAACAUGACGUGGCUUUUGACAUCGUUUGAAUUUAUUUACAGCAUGCUUUGAAUCCAUUCAUAAUCUAGAAAUGUUAAUGAGCAUUGUAAGAAAAUAUGAAAAUGCUAAGUUUAUUUAUGUAUAGCAUUUAGAUACAGAUUAACAAUCUUUUCAGUUGUAUUAAAAUACAAGGUGAUGAAGCCA